AUGGACGAGUUGCUUGCGAGGCACAGCAAGGAGAAACGUGACCUCGCGUCCAAGAUCGCUCAGAAAAAGAAGUCUGCAACCAAGAAGACAAGAAAGGGGGUCAAUGACGACUGUGAAAGAUUGGAGAGAGAACUAGGUGAGAAACAUGCAGCGGAAAUUCAAGAACUACAACCUCAAGAUCCCGAUGACCUCCCGAGUGCAGUCGAAGAUCUCGCCAUAGCCGAUGAUGUCGUUGGCCCUGGUGAUGUUGCCAAUGCUUUGUCAGAGCAGGUGUCGGCCUCUGCCACAAAUUCCGAGACACCUUCCGAGGCCGGAUCAGGAUUCCAGCCUCGUGCUAAGAAACCAAAUCGCCAAAAGGAAAGACUUGCACGAAGGGCUGCCGAGCAGGAGGCGGCAGCUCAUGCGGCAGAGUUAGAAGCGAAGAACCAGCCCGACAGGCGAGAGCAGGAGAUGUCGGCCAUGAAGAAGCAGAUGGAAUCCCUGAAUCUACGAGAAACUCCGAUUCGACCCGAUGGACACUGCUUGUUCUCUGCAUGUGCACACAGCAUGCCUUCAGAGGAGAUUACCAAAGGUGAUCAAAGUCAAGAACCUUACCAGAGAGUGAGAUCUUCUGCCGCCGCCUUUAUGUCAACACACCCAGAUGAUUUUGUCCCAUUUUUAGAGGAGCCCUUAGAUGCAUAUGUCGACAAGAUCCGGGAUACAGCAGAAUGGGGAGGUCAAUUAGAGCUACAAGCUAUCGCACGAUCUUACAACGUCGAUAUCAAUGUUCUUCAAGCCGAUGGUCGAGUUGAGAAAAUCAAUUCUGCAUCGGGUGACAACAAAAAUAUCAUCUGGUUGGCCUACUAUCGACACAGUUUCGGUCUAGGCGAGCAUUACAAUGCACUGACCAAGAUUGAAUAA